AUGAGCGACCUGGUAUUGCGGACCGCGAUGGGCAAUUACGGGCACACGACGCCGCUGAAGGACGGCACGAUCACGUCGCCGGCGUUCAGCAUGGAACAGAUCGAGGUGUCGCCGGUUACCAGCAUCUUCCGGCGGAUGGUGCGGGAGCUGGAGUUUGACGUGGCGGAGAUGGCACUGUCCACGUACCUGUGCGCCCGAGCGCAUGGCAAGCAGUUCACCGGCGUGCCCAUCUUCCUGACCCGGGCCUUCUACCACGGCGGCAUCGUGGUGAACCGGAAGAGCGGGAUCGAAUCGCCGAAGGACCUGGAGGGCAAGCGAUUCGGGGUGCGCAGCUACACGCUGACGCCGGGCGUCUGGACGCGGGGCCUGCUGCAGACCCGGUACGGGGUGGACCUGGACGCGGUGACGUGGGUGCUGUCCGGCGACGAGCACGUGGCGGAGUACGUCGCGCCGGCCAACGUGGUGUCGUCGUCCAACAACAACCUGGGCGAGAUGCUGCUGUCGGGCGAGAUCGACGCGGCCAUCGGCGCGGGGCCGGUGGACUCGCCGGACAUCCGGCCGUUGUUCGCCGAGCCGGAUGCCGCCGAUGCCGCGUGGCACCGGGAGACGGGCGUCUAUCCGAUCAGCCACAUGCUGGUGGUCAAGAACGCCGCGCUGGAUGCCAACCCCGACCUGGCGGGUGAGCUGUUCGAGACAUUCAACACAGCCAGGGCCCUCUACCUGGGGAAGCUGCGCUCAGGAGAUGCCGCGGGACCGGAGGACCGGGUGCUGCACAAAAUGGUGGACAUGGUGGGCGAAGACCCGAUCCCGUACGGCGUCGAGAGUUCGAGGAAGACGCUGGAGACGUUCGUGGGAUUCAACGUGGAGCAGAAGGUGAUACCGGAGGCCAUCGCCGUCGACGAACUGUUCCCGGAGGAGACGCUGUCGCUGCGGUAA